UUUUUUAGAUUUGAGGUGGUUUUGUUCUAAUGAAACAUGUUCCGGAACAUCAUGCACACAAAUUGGCGUCUCGGUGUUGAGUCUUAUCUGGGCUCACAGCCGCUUGGUGCAACUUGACCCAGUUAACAUGUGCCUGUGGAAGACCCGCUUGUAGAACUGGGCUGGAGUCCUGGGCUGGGCUCCAAACUCACAGGAAUUAUCACCGGGCUUGGUUUUCCAGUGUGACAGAGUCAGUGUGAGCGUCAGGUUUCAUAUGAUGGAGUAGACCUCGCCAUGGCCUGCUGUUCUGCCACCACUGCUGAUGAUAUCAAAUCUUCCAUCCUGAGGACAUUUUUGGAUGCACAGAGAGCAGUAAUUGAAGAUUUCACCAUGAACAAAAACAAGAGAGAAAGAGAGUUCUACAGCAUAGACGUUGGGGACUCGACGUUCACAGUACUGAAGCGAUACCAGAAUCUAAGACCCAUCGGCUCAGGAGCACAGGGAAUCGUCUGCUCUGCUUACGACCAAAUCCUUGAACGAAAUGUUGCCAUCAAGAAGCUGAGUCGGCCGUUUCAAAAUCAAACCCAUGCCAAGAGGGCCUUCCGAGAGCUAGUCCUAAUGAAAUGUGUCAAUCACAAAAAUAUCAUCGGCCUAUUAAAUGUAUUCACACCACAAAAAUCAUUAGAAGAAUUCCAAGAUGUAUACUUGGUGAUGGAGCUGAUGGAUGCCAACCUGUGCCAGGUCAUUCAGAUGGAGCUUGACCACGAGAGGCUGUCCUAUCUGCUCUAUCAGAUGCUGUGUGGUAUCAAACACCUCCAUGCUGCCGGCAUCAUUCACAGGGACCUCAAGCCCAGUAACAUAGUUGUGAAGUCAGAUUGUACACUGAAGAUUUUGGACUUUGGCUUGGCUCGAACAGCUGCCACGGGCCUCCUGAUGACACCAUAUGUGGUUACACGCUACUACAGAGCACCUGAGGUUAUCCUGGGAAUGGGCUACCAAGCCAAUGUGGACAUAUGGUCUGUGGGCUGCAUACUGGCGGAAAUGGUUCGCCAUAAAAUCCUCUUCCCAGGAAGGGACUACAUCGACCAGUGGAACAAGGUAAUCGAGCAGCUAGGCACUCCAUCUCAGGACUUUCUAAUGAAGCUGAACCAGUCAGUAAGAACAUAUGUAGAAAACAGGCCACGCUAUGCCGGGUACAGCUUUGAGAAGCUCUUCCCAGACGUGCUCUUCCCUGCCGACUCUGACCACAACAAACUGAAAGCGAGCCAAGCAAGAGAUCUCUUAUCCAAGAUGUUGGUGAUUGAUGCCUCCAAGCGCAUCUCUGUAGACGAGGCCCUGCAGCACCCCUACAUAAACGUUUGGUACGACCCGGCCGAAGUGGAAGCUCCGCCUCCGAAGGUCCUGGACAAACAGCUGGAUGAGAGGGAGCAUACCGUGGAAGAGUGGAAAGGGCUAAUUUAUAAGGAAGUGAGUGAAUGGGAGGAGUGGACAAGAAAUGGAGUGAUAAGAGGACAGCCGCCUCCUUUAGGUGCAGCAGUGAUCGACAGCCCCCCUCAGCCCACGUCCUCCUCCUCUUCGGCCAACGAUGUCUCGUCCAUGUCCACAGAGCCCACUGACCCGAGCAGUGACCCCACCAUGACCUCUGAAACAGACAGCAGCUUGGACAGCCACACCUCUCUGGGUGCGCUGGCCUGCUGCAGAUAACGCACACAUACAAUACACACACGCCGGCACACAAAAAGCAAACCUUUCCUCAUCAGUGUGUGUGUGAUGGGAGAGGGGUUUAAGGCCAACCGAACUUCUCAUGUUAGUUUGUAGAGCCGCGCUUUUAAUGUACAGUUUGUUUUUAUUUCCCCUCCCCCCUCUACUGCUGUAAAUGAUUGUGGUUUGAAAAUGUAUCAUUAUUACUGUAUUUUUGCUGCAAAGAAUCAGAGUAUGUUUUGAUGUGAAUCUGUGAUGUAUGUUAUGAAAGAGAGGGAUUUGAGUGUACUUUACACAUUGCUGUUUUUUUAGCUACUGCUACACAGUGGAAUACCACACUGUCGGCACUGCAAUAUUAUGUUGAGUAUAUUUUUUGAAUUGUUCAUUUGGCAUUUUUGUAUUGUUUUUGGGACAUUUGAAUGACUCUACGCCAACUCUUUUUAACUGUAGACUUUUAGCGCACUUCAUCUUGGAUCCAAUUGAAAAUGAUUUUAUUUUGAUAUCAUCUUUCUUGUAGAAAGCGUCCCUUGGUGUAUCCAAGUUUCUUAGUAUUACGUCACCUCUGAUUGUGUGCAUCUUGACAAGCAGUCAAAUGGUCUGUUGCCCUGACACUGACUUUCUUUUUUACUAUAGCAUACUGUAAACUGACUGUAUUUUAACUUUAGUUACUUAGCUGU